CAUUCCUCCCUCUCUACAUCGAAACUAUGCACGCUUCAAAGGUUGCGGCCAUCUUGGCCUUCUGCGCCGUUCAAGGCUUGGCUGUGCCCACCCAGAUGUUGAGCUACAAUCUCGGUCGAAUUGGUAUUGACACUGGUGACUCCAAGCUUCCCAACCUGCCAAAGCGCACCGUCGUCGAGACCUCGUCCACUGGCGAUGCUGCCACCGACGCCAAAGUUGCCCAGAACCUGAAGAACGCCGAGCCUUCGCUCACCAACGAAAUGCAAGAUGUGGCUGCUAUUGCUCAGCAGGAAGUUUCUGCUAUUCCAAACCUCCUCGAUGCUCUGCAGUCGGUUACUGCCCCUCUCAUGCAGAUGAGCACCGCCAUGCAAAAAGAGGCUACGACUGUCGAGAAUGCCGAGACCAACGCUGUUGCUGCUGCUGCUCCAGCUGCUGCUCCAGCUGCUGCUCCAGCCAGUGGAACUACUACUGCUGUCACUACUGUCUCCAAGCGUGACCCUGAGGCACUUCUCAGCUUGAUUGCUCCAGUCUUGGACACCGUGGGCAAGAUUCUCUCCAAGAGACAGGAGGAGAAAGUGCUCGAGGCCCGCAGAGGUGGAGGCAACAUCGGAGGCAUCGUCGAUGGUGUAGGCAACCUCGGUGCUUCUAUCAUCGGCCUCUUCGACAAGCGGGACGAGGGGAUCCUUGAAGAGCGCAAGCUCCGAGGUGGAGACAACCUCGGGGGCAUCGUCGAUGGUGUAGGCAACCUCGGUGCUUCUAUCAUCGGCCUCUUCGACAAGCGUGACGAGGAGAUCCUUGAAGAGCGCAAGCUCCGAGGUGGCGACAACAUCGGAGACAUCGUCGAUGGUGUAGGCAACCUCGGUGCUGCUGUCGUCGGCCUCUUCAACAAGCGUGACGAAUAAACACACAGCCGAGAUCGAGCGCCGCAAAGUCACCAACGACGAAAUCGGAGAUCUUAUCAAUAAAGGCGGCGCCCUUGUUGGUUCCAUCGUCAGUGUAUUCGACUAAAUAAGGGGGGACGGAGUGGUGGAUCAGGAUUACCACCUGCUAGCUAGCAAGCAUGGCACAAUCUUCUGUUGGGUCUCCUAUAAGAGACCGGGGAAAUGUCAUUUAUAUCAUAUAGAGAGGAGGGCCUCACAAAGCUCAAAAAGCAAGUCAUUCGUUUGUUAU